UUUGUCAACUAUUGUCUACACAUCAUGAGAUUCUUGGGAUUUGUAUCAUUUCCCAUUUCACCUACUGUGUCAUCUUCUAAACUGCUGCUACCACUUCAUCGAUUAUCCUUUUCAUCCAUGUCUGUUGCCACCUGGUUCUUGGUGGUACUGGUAACUGCAGCCAUAGAUACACCUGCUAGUACUGUUCCACCUGUACAAGAAAACAAAUCUCUACACAUUGUAACACAAUUUCCUAUGGGAGGUGGUCAACGAUAUGGAUUUUAUCCUUUAGAUCCAAAUACAACAAGAGAAGGUGCUCUUCGAUUUAAUCACCUCACUAUAGACCCUGCUACAGGAAGAUUGUAUGCAGGUGCCAUCAACAGACUGUUACAAUUAGAUUCUAAUCUCAGACUGGAAGAAUAUGUUUCCACAGGACCAAGAUUGGAUAAUCCUCAGUGUCAUGCAACAGGCUGCCCUUCUAGGGACAUAACUACAUCUUUAAUGGACAAUGUGAACAAAUUACUAAUUGCUGAUCUGGAAUCACAAACAUUGAUUGCAUGUGGUUCCCUUCUUCAAGGUGCUUGUGAAAAGUACAAAAUGUCAAACAUAUCUAUUAAACCAGAAUUCAUUCCCCAUAGUGUAGCAGCUAAUGAUGAAAAUUCAUCUACUUAUGCUUUUAUUGGACCCGAAAGAUAUAAUGCAUGGGGACAAACCAAUAUACUCUAUGUUGGUACUACAUUCACUAACAGAGGGGAUUAUAGGCACGACGUGCCUGCUAUUUCCAGUAGAAAUCUUCACAAUCUAGAAUUCGCAGAAUAUACAUUUAACAAACAAUCGAUCGUAUAUAUUGACGUGAAAUAUCGAGAUCACUUUCUGGUUAAAUACGUAUAUGGUUUCAACGCUAGUGAUUACGCGUAUUUUGUAUUGGUUCAAAAACAGUCUCAUCUUCCUGAAGAAGAGGAAAAAGGUUACAUCUCUAGAUUGGCUCGAAGUUGUAUAAGCGAUCCGAACUAUGAUAGUUAUACGGAAGUAACGUUACAAUGUACCGUUGACCUAGGAGAUGGAAAACUGCAAUAUUAUAAUUUAGUGCAAGAUGCAAAAGUAGCACCUGCUGGAAGUGAUCUAGCCAUGCAGCUUGGUAUUUCUGUUGGUGAUCCAAUUUUUGUCUCCGUAUUUUCGCCAAGUAGAGGCAUCACGAAUGAGCCAGUAUCUCGGUCGGCACUUUGUGUAUACAGUUUGCAAGAUAUCGAAACAAAAUUUAACGAAAACAUCCACAUGUGUUUUAAUGGUAGUACUAAAUAUAGAAACAUGGGUUAUGUUAGUGGUCCUAUACAAGAUGGAAAAUGUCCUACGGCAGGAACAACAGGUAACAUUCUGAAUUUCUGUGAAGUUGGCUUGAAAAUCUCCGGAAUGUCACCAAUCGUGGGACAAGCAAUCCUACAUUUCCCUGACGAAUUCAUCACUUCUAUAACAGUAGCUAAUACAGAAAGUCAUACCGUUGCAUUCUUGGGUACAAACGAGGGUGCCCUCAAGAAAGUUUUACUUUCUGGGACUGAAGCGUUUGUCUAUGAAAGCAUUGUAAUCGAUAAAGGAAACAGAUUGAUGCCUGACACUUUAAUCUCGCCAGAUGGAGAACAUAUUUAUGUUCUGUCAACUUCUAAAAUUUCUAAGGUUCAAGUCGAGCAUUGCAGUAGUUAUACCAAUUGCAGUAGUUGUCUUGAUGCAAAAGAUCCUUAUUGUGGAUGGUGUUCAUUAGAAAAAAGGUGCACGGUUAGGGGAGAUUGUCAGAAAGCAAGUCACAGUAGUCCCCGAUGGUUGUCGUUAGGCACAGGACAGCAAUGCAUCGAUUUUGAGCAAGUUCUUCCAGAUCGUAUGCCUAUCAAUCAAAUGACUACGGUUCACUUAACAAUCAGAACUCUACCCGAAUUACCAGCAGGGGCUAAUUAUAAAUGUGUUUUCGGUAACGCCGAACCCAUCGACGCACUAAUGACCGGUUUUGGAUUGUCCUGUCCUACCCCACCUGUUAUCGAAAGACCCAAUAUACCAGAUGGAGCCGAUCACGUUCUAGUACCGCUAUCUGUGCGUUCUAGUGAAACGAACAAAGACUUUGUUUCGCGAAAUUUUGCGUUCUUCGAUUGUUCGAGACAUACCGUGUGUACAGAAUGUGUCAAAUCUCAAUGGGCUUGCAGCUGGUGUGUGUACGACAAUAAGUGUACACAUAAUACAAGUUGCCAGGGUAUAAUUUCAGGAGAAAACAAUCAAGCAAACCUUGCUGCUCAUGGGGCACAGUACUGUCCAAGGUUCGUUGAACGUAAGGAGCCCCUGAUGUUACCCAACAGCGUGCCCAAAGAGAUAGUGCUGGAAGUCGAGAAUUUACCACAUCCUCAAGUUGGCCACAGUGGUUUCCAAUGUAUCGUUUCGAUCGAGGGUGCCAACCUAAAAGUACAAGCCCGCGUCGACAGCAGCCGCUUUAUAGUUUGUGACAAAACGGUGUACUCGUACGAGGCGGUCACUGGUGAAUACGAAGCGGAGGUGACGGUUGUUUGGAACAUCAACCAUCACGUAGACAAGACUACCAUCAUUCUGUACAAGUGUGAAGUGUUGGGUUCGCAUCGUGAACACGCAGACUGUUCUCUUUGCGUGACCAGAGACGCGCGCUUCGAAUGUACUUGGUGCGGUAACAGUUGCGUGUUUUUUUCACCAUUCACCGAGUGUCCAAAACCGAGGAUAGACAUGAUCAAGCCUCUGAGCGGACCCAUUGAGGGUGGUACGUUGGUAACCAUCGAAGGUAGUAAUUUAGGACUGAAAGAGAGCGAUGUGGAGGGAAAAAUACAUAUUGGAAACACUCCUUGCGCAUUGGUCGACUAUGAGGUAUCUGUACGCAUCGUUUGUCGCACUGGACGACACGAAGCAACAGACACUGCUUCUGUGGUAGUUGGAAACGAUGCUGGUUACACCGAAAGCGCGGUACUGUUCAACUAUAAAGACAUACGGCUGUGGCGUGUCUAUCCAUCGGUUGGUCCACAAAGUGGUGGCACGCAACUCGCCAUCACUGGAAUGUACCUGAACAUCGGUAGUACUAUUUCAGCCUACUUAGACGAAUUACCGUGCCAUGUUAAUGCUACGCAGGCGAGCAGUACGAGACUGACUUGUGUGACGAGUAAAUCUGAUCGGGUAAGAAGAAUUGAAAGACUGACGCUUAGCAUAGAUGGAGCAAAUCGCACUUUAGAUGGUAACCCUUAUAACUACACUCACGAUCCUACCAUUAUGGAGAUUAAACCACUGACAAGCUUCGCUUCCGGUGGUCGCAUGAUCACUGUCCACGGUACGAACUUAGACACCAUCCAGAAGCCUGAAAUGGAAGUUUACUUCGACAAUGAGCUACUGCCAGUGAAUAGAACUGUUUGCACGGUAUUAAAUCCGACGCAGAUGGAAUGCCCGAGUCCUAGCGUUGCUAAACGUUUCAUGACCCUGCGGCGGAACGAACGUGCCGCUGUUAAUGGUCAGAGCACACCACCGCAAUCACUGAAGCUGAAAGAAUCUCAGUUGUCUCUGAAGAUAGCGUUCAUCAUGGACAACGUAGAAAGCGUUCGAGAUCUGGAAAAGUAUUUCAAAAGUCUCAGAAAUCGCCUGCUCUACGUAGAAGACCCGAAAUUUCUGGCUUUUCCACGAAACAUUAAAUUGUACAAGGGUGACACGUUAGUUAUCGAGGGGGAAAAUUUGAUUUUUGCAAGCGAUGAGUCAGACGUGAAUGUCACUGUUGGAACGAUGCCGUGUAAUGUAACUUCCCUCGCUUUAACACAAUUAGUUUGCAUUCCUCCUGAUUCACAGCCAGCUGACACGGAUGAGCUGGGAAUUAAAACUGAGAACGGUUUGCCUUUAGUGGUGGUACGUGUCGGAAGGAGCUUAAGAUUUCCCAUUGGUUACCUGCGUUAUGAAGUUAUUAAAUCUUAUCCAAUUCCACCAGAGGCAAUAGCUGGAAUAGCUGCUGGAACAUUUGGUCUGGUGUUUUUGUUUGUUCUGGUAUUGAUAAUAUAUAGGAGAAAGAGCACACAAGCGGAAAGGGAAUAUAAGAGGAUACAGAUACAGAUGGACACUCUUGAAAGCAAUGUUAGGAUGGAAUGUAAGCAGGCAUUCGCAGAAUUACAAACUGACAUGACUGAUUUGACAGCAGAUCUAGAAUCAUCUGGUAUUCCUACUCUGGAUCACAAGAAUUAUAUCAUGAAAGUAUUUUUUCCGGGUGUCACGCAUCAUCCCAUAUUGAACGAUCCUAGAUCACGCAGUAAUGUAUCUAGAACAAACUACGAUGCAGCGAUGAUUCAGUUUGAGCAAUUGAUUAACAAUAAAUACUUUGUACUGACAUUUAUUGAAACCCUAGAGGCUCAGAAAGACUUUAACAUUAGAGAUAAAGUGAAUGUUGCUUCAUUACUCAUGGUGGUACUGAUGGGCAAAAUGGAGUAUGCCACUGAUAUACUUAUGAAUCUCUUACUCAGACUCAUUGAAAAAGCGGUAAAUACAAAGCAUCCGCAAUUAAUGCUGAGGAGGACUGAGUCUGUAGUGGAGAAGAUGCUGACAAACUGGAUGGCACUUUGCAUGUACAAUUAUCUGAAAGAUUACGCGGGUUCCUCUCUAUUUUUAUUGUUCAAGGCAAUAAAGCAUCAGAUAGAAAAAGGUCCUGUGGAUGUGAUCACGCAUGACGCUAGAUAUUCUUUAUCCGAGGAGAGACUGCUCAGAGAGCAAAUUGAGCACAGUGUGGUCACCCUGCACGUCGUCCAAGAUGAUCUCGAUGAGAAGAUCCAGUGCAAGGUGUUAGAUUGUGAUACUAUAAACCAAGUGAAAUCCAAGAUCCUAGACGCACUGUACAAGAAUACUCCUUUCUCACUGAGGCCGUCCGUUCAUGACGUAGAUUUGGAAUGGAGACAUGGUAGGGGUGGUCACCUGACUCUUCAGGAUGAGGAUCUCACGACAAAGUGUAGCGGCGAUUGGAAGAAGAUCAACACACUUGCGCACUACGGUGUUAAGGAGUCAGCCGUUAUGUCGUUAAUACCUAGACAAAACGAUGGCUUUUCUGUCGCGUGUAAGCCACCGUGUCACAACUGUAAACCGUCACAUUAUCAUCAUCAGCAACAGUCCAUUCAUCAUCAUGCUCAUCAUCAUCAUCUGCAUCGACACGCAAAUCACUGUUCGUCCACACAUCUUCCAUCCACACCUAACCACAAUCUAAUCAGUCCUGUAAUGUACAAUCACCCUGUCAGCGGUUUAUACUUAGAGUCUCAACAUUCGCCGCCUAUAAUAACGGCGAACGGUGACAUAGAGACUGGGCAUGGAGGUAACCAACGAUUAUAUCAUUUGGUAAGGCCUAUCGAAGAUAGCCAUUAUCCACCAGGAAUGGGUUUUACCAGUAGUAAACACCAUCACCCUGAAAGAACACACAAAGCUAUCCCAGAAAUAUUUUUAACGAGACUGUUGUCGACGAAGGGUACCGUGCAGAAGUUUGUCGAUGAUUUCUUAAACACGAUAUUAACUGCGAACGAGGCAUUGCCCAGUGCUGUAAAAUGGCUAUUCGAUCUAUUGGAUGACGCCGCGAAGAAACACGGGAUCAUCGAUCCGGAAGUGCCACACGCAUGGAAAUCGAACAGUUUGCCGCUUCGAUUUUGGGUGAAUUUCAUUAAGAAUCCAGAUUUCAUGUUCGAUAUUAAUAAGUCCACGACGGUCGAUUCGAGUUUAUCCGUAAUCGCGCAAACGUUCAUGGAUUCCUGCUCGAUGACAGAGCAUAGGUUAGGCAAGGACUCUCCCUCGAACAAAUUGCUAUUCGCUAAGGAUAUACCGCACUAUCGAGAGAAAGUGGGUCGUUUUUACUCCGAUGUACAAAGACUGCCGCAGAUCACUGAUCAAGAAAUGUCUAGUGCCAUGCAACAGCUGAGUGCGUCACACGCGAACGAAUUCGAUGUGAUCGCAGCACUGAAAGAACUUUACAUUUAUGUCAGCAAGUAUUACGAACAAAUCUUAGAGGCCUUGGAGACAGACGCGGGCUGUCGCAAAUUACACCUAGCUCACAGGCUAGAGAAUGUCGCGUGCACGCUCGAAGGAGAGGAAACCAGUGCUUGCUGACAUAACCUCCUCAUCGCCAUCCCAG